AUGGCUAGAUAUAUGAUAUUUUUAGUGCUUUCUUCGUUAACAAGUUCAAUGGUUAACGGACGAAGUUGGCGCAAUGAUUUCCCAAAAGGGAAAAAUUAUGGGGACCGCGGCAUAGUGUUCGCGAUCCCGCAUUGGCACCAUGAGGGCAGAAGCUCCGAAGAUUGGGGGUAUGGCAGUGAUAGUCGUGAAACAGACUACAAAUGGUUGAGGAAAUGGAACCCUGAUCGAGUAUGGUUCCCAGAUUUUGGCGAUAAGGUCUUUUCAUCAGGGACUCCAUCCACGCAGCCAAUUCAAGUGGUAACACCUACGUAUCAAAGAAAUGUGGAUGAAUGCAUCAGUCAAUGUCCCACGACGUCAGAGUAUAAUCCUGUUUGUGGAACAAAUAGGGUGACAUACAACAACUUAGGACGCUUGGAAUGCGCGCGUUAUUGCGGAGUCGACGUAAAAGUACUUCGAAAGUUGCCUUGCUCAUUGGUGUUCCAAGAGCAAAGCACCACAGAAGCCACUCAAACUGUUGAAGAGCAACGCCGGUGUAUCCAAGACUGCCCCACCACACCCGAAUACAACCCGAUAUGCGGAACUAACAACGUCACAUAUCAAAACAGAGGGCGCUUGGAGUGCGCCAAAUUUUGUGGCGUCGACGUAGAAGUGAAACGAUUGAGCCCAUGCCCCACACCAAUCACAACUGAACCUCCGAUCAAUGAGGAUCUCUUCAAUUCAGAUCAGUCACAAUUCACAACAAGGGCAACUAGCAAAAGCGAUACCUUUUCAUCAUCAACUAUCGCUCCCGAUAAGCCAAGCGUCACCAUACCCCAAGAAAUACUCAACGAAAUCUUCAAUAUACCCACUGAUGAUUCAAAUGAUGUCGACAUUGACAUUAGAAAACGCGAA